AUGACCCGUGUGUGCGUAAUCGGGGCUGGGGCUGUCGGUCUAUCGACGGCUUCAUGUAUAAAAUCGCAAUAUCCUUCAUUAUCUCUAACAAUUAUUGCUGAUCGAUUUCUUGAUGCAACGACAAGUGAUGGUGCUGGUGGUCUUUUUCGACCCGAUGAUCGUUUUGUUCCUGGCAUUGAUAAAUCUAUUCUUAGAAAUUGGUGUCAAACAUCAUUCGAUCAUUUCAAUAGUUUGAUUUUUUCAAGUAUUGGAGCUGAAGCUGGCAUAUCUCAAGUAUCAGGCUAUCAGCUAUUUAAUGAUCCUCGACCUGAUCCUUCAUAUAAAGAUAUUGUUUAUAAUUUUCGUUAUUUGACAAAAAAUGAAUUAACAACAUUUCCUGAUCAUUAUAAAUAUGGUUAUUUUUGCACAACAUUUUAUGUUGAUACACGAAAAUAUAUGAAAUAUUUAACUAAACAAUUACUUGAAAAAGAAGUUACAUUUACAAAAAAGAAGAUCAAUUCCUUAGAUGAAUUAGUAGGAAGUUAUGAUAUUGUAUUGAACUGCACUGGUUUUGGAGCUCGAGAAAUAUGCAACGAUAAUCUAAUACGACCAAUACGUGGUCAAAUGAUUCGUGUUCGAGCACCAUGGAUUAAACAUUUUUAUUAUACAGACGAUAAUUGUUAUAUGAUACCAAAUCAUGAAACGAUUGUACUUGGUGGUACUCGACAAUUAGAUGAUGAUAAUAUACGAGUAGAUCUGAAUGACAAAGAUGGAAUAUGGCAAAGAUGUCUUCGAUUAUGUCCAAGUUUAGCGCAAGCUGAAAUUCUUUGGGAUUGGGCUGGAUUAAGACCUAAUCGUGAACCAAUACGAGUUGAAAUUGAAACUAUUAAGCAUGGAAAUAAAAAUCUUUUGGUUGUUCAUAAUUAUGGUCAUGGUGGCAAUGGUAUUUCACUCUCAUGGGGUACUGCAGUGGAUGCUACUCGUCUUUUUUCUUUAUUACUUCUUACAAUUGAUUCUCAAAAUAAACAAGUGACGUCGAAAUUAUAA